CCUGAGUGAGGAGCAAGACAUCCGUAGUUUUCUCCCAGGGGCACACGAAGGAGAGAAAGACAAUCAAGAUAAGAGUGGGCAGAGGGGAAAGCGAGACAUGUUCUCCGUGAAACGGUCCCCUGCCCUCGCUCCGGACGAGCGCUACCGGCGAGCCGGGGCCCCGAAGCAGGUCUUGGGAGCUGAUGAAGGCACCGUGGGUGAUGGCUGCUCUGAGCAGCUGACGACAACUAAUGUCCUCCGUUUCCUGUUGCUGGUCCUGAUUCCCUGCAUCUGUGCUCUCAUUGUCCUGCUGGUGGUCCUGCUUUUCUUUGUUGGAACAUUACAAAAAGCCUAUUUUAAAUCAAACGGGAGUGAACCUAUGGCCACUGAUGGUGAAGUUCAAGUGCCUGAUGUUAUUCUUACAAACACCCUUUACCACAAGAGCACCGUGGCAUCCACGACACACCCCAACCAACACACUGCUGCCUGGACCACGGGCGCUGCUAUCCCAGGGGACCAAGGUCAUAGGAACACAAGUGCCUGCAUAGACAUCGCCCACAGCCAGUGUCGGAUGCUGCCCUACCGCACCACGCUGACACCUCUCUCCUCAAUCGUCAAAAACAUGGAAAUGGAGAAGUUCCUCAAAUUCUUCAUGUACCUCCAUCGCCUCAGUUGCUAUCAACAUAUCAUGCUUUUUGGCUGUAGCCUUGCCUUCCCUGAGUGCAUCACUGAUGGUGAUGACAGUCAUGGACUCCUGCCCUGCCGGUCCUUCUGUGAAGCAGCAAAAGAGGGCUGCGAGUCAGUCCUGGGCAUGGUGAACGCCUCCUGGCCCACUUUCCUCGAGUGCGCCCAGUUCAGAAACCAAACUGAAAGCAACAACGUCAGCAGGAUUUGCUUCUCACCAGAGCAGGAAAAAGGAAAGCAAGUGCUCUGUGGCGGGGGCGAGAGCUUUCUGUGCGGCAGCGGUGUCUGCAUCCCCAGGAAGCUGCAGUGUAACGGCUACAACGACUGCGACGACUGGAGCGACGAGGCCCACUGCAAUUGCAGUGAGAAUCUGUUUCACUGUCACACGGGCAAGUGCCUUAAUUAUAGCCUUGUGUGUGAUGGAUAUGAUGACUGCGGGGACCUGAGUGAUGAACAAAACUGUGACUGCAGUCCCACAAGGGAGCAUCGCUGUGGAGAUGGGCGCUGCAUUGCCAAAGAGUGGGUGUGCGACGGGGACCACGACUGUGUGGAUAAAUCUGACGAGGUCAACUGCUCCUGCCGCAGCCAGGGGCUGGCCGAGUGCAGAAGUGGCCAGUGCAUCCCCAGCACUUUCCGGUGCGACGGGGACGAGGACUGUAAGGAUGGGAGUGAUGAGAAGAACUGCAGUGACAGUCAGACUCCAUGUCGAGACGGCGGCCGAACGUGCCUCUACAAUUCCUGCCUUGAUUCAUGCGGUGGUGGCUCUCGCUGCGACCCCAACAACAGUCUGAACAACUGUAGUCGAUGUGAACCAAUUACGUUGGAACUCUGCAUGAACUUGCCCUACAACCAUACAACUUACCCCAAUUACCUUGGCCACAGGACUCAGAAGGAAGCAUCCAUCAGCUGGGAGUCCUCUCUUUUCCCUGCACUUGUUCAAACCAACUGUUACAAGUAUCUCAUGUUCUUUGCCUGCACCAUCUUGGUUCCGAAGUGUGAUGUGAACACAAGCCAGCGUAUUCCCCCUUGCAGGGCCCUGUGUGAACACUCCAAAGAACACUGCGAGUCUGUCCUUGGGAUUGUGGGCCUACAGUGGCCUGAAGACACAGAUUGCAGUCAGUUUCCAGAGGAAAAUUCAGACAAUCAGACCUGCCUCAUGCCCGAUGAAGAUGUGGAAGAGUGCUCACCUAGUCACUUCAAGUGUGGCUCGGGACGGUGUGUUCUGGCCUCCAGAAGGUGCGACGGCGAGCCCGACUGUGACGAUGACAGUGAUGAAGAAAACUGUGGCUGUAAAGAGAGAGAUCUGUGGGAAUGUCCAUCCAAUAAACAGUGCUUGAAGAACACAGUCAUCUGUGAUGGGUUCCCAGACUGCCCGGAUAGUAUGGAUGAAAAAAACUGCUCGUUUUGCCAGGAAGAUGAACUGAAAUGUGCAAACCACGAGUGUGUGUCACGGGACAGGUGGUGUGAUGGCACAGCCGACUGCUUGGACAGUUCGGACGAGUGGGACUGUGUGACCCUCUCUAAGAACGUGAACUCCUCAUUCCUGACGGCGCACAGAUCGGCCACAGAACAGCACGUGUGUGCAGACGGCUGGCAGGAGAGCCUGAGCCGGCUGGCCUGCAGGCAGAUGGGUUUAGGGGAACCAUCUGUGACCGAAUUAAUACAGGAGCAAGAGCAAGACCAGCAGUGGCUGACGUUACACUCCGACUGGGAGAGCCGCAAUGGGACCACUUUGCAUGAACUGCUGGUGAAAGGGCAGUCUUGUCGCAGUGGAAGUAAGAUUUCUCUCCUGUGUAUUAAACAAGACUGCGGACGCCGCCCUGCUGCCCGAAUGAACAAGAGGAUCCUCGGGGGCCGGACGAGUCGCCCGGGAAGGUGGCCCUGGCAGUGUUCCCUGCAGAGUGAGCCCAGCGGGCACAUCUGUGGCUGUGUCCUCAUUGCCAAGAAGUGGGUUCUGACAGUCGCCCACUGCUUCGAGGGGAGAGAGAAUGCCGCAGUGUGGAGGGUGGUGUUUGGCAUCAACAACCUGGACCACCCGUCCACGUUCAUGCAGACGCGCCUGGUGAAGACCAUCAUCCUGCACCCCCGCUACAGCCGGGCCGUGGUGGACUACGACAUCAGCAUCGUGGAGCUCAGCGAAGAUGUCAAUGAAACCAGCUAUGUCCGGCCUGUCUGCUUACCCAGCACGGACCAGUCCUUGGAACCGGAUACAUACUGCUACAUCACAGGCUGGGGGCACAUGGGCAACAAAAUGCCUUUCAAGCUGCAGGAGGGAGAAGUCCGCGUGAUCCCCCUGGAGCAGUGUCGGUCCUACUUUGACAUGAAGACCAUCACCGCCCGGAUGCUGUGUGCUGGCUACGAGUCGGGCACAGUUGACUCAUGCAUGGGUGACAGCGGCGGACCUCUCGUUUGUGAGCAGCCUGGAGGGCAGUGGACAUUAUUUGGUUUAACCUCAUGGGGCUCCGUCUGCUUUUCCAAAGUCCUGGGGCCUGGAGUCUAUAGCAAUGUGUCCUACUUCGUCGAAUGGAUCGAGAGACAGAUAUACAUUCACACCUUCCUCCUGAGCUAA